AUGAACAGGGUAUUUUGGAAAACCACUUUGGCUCUAUCUGUACACUUAAUCAUGAUUCCAUGCUAUUGGACCUACCCCGCUCGCCGAAGGACAAGCAGCCAAGCUUAGAAGGAACCUGCUGUUUCUGCUUAAAGUUCCACAGAACAAAGCAGAAACUGCGCAAUCUGGUACCGCGUUCAAAGCCGAAGCCUGGUAUUUCGGGUCAGGGGAGAUUAUAGAAUUGCCAGCUACACUCAAGGAAUACUACAGCAGCAACGCACCGCAAAGUCCCAUUCUCAAGAAAGGAACAACCAUGCAAUCAUCGAAAGUAAUCGCUCCAGGCGACCACGAAGUCUUCAUGAACUACGCUCUAGAAAUCGCACUUUCCUCCCCAUCAGACCCCACAAAUACCCACCGCAUCGCCGCCCUCCUCACAAACGCCACGACAGGCCAAAUUCUCUCCACAGGCUACUCCCACGAAUUCCCAGGCGAUCUCUCCCCAUCAGAUAUGGGUUCCACACACGCCGAACAAGUCUGUUUCAUGAAAAUCGCUCAGAAACAUGAUCUUCCAAUUGCUCAGGCUGAAUUACAUAUCGAAGCUUUCCUGCCUGAGGAAGGUUGUGUGUUGUAUACGACCAUGGAACCUUGUAGUCGGAGAUCGAAGGAGGGAUGGAGGAGUUGUUGCGAGAGAAUUUUGGCGUUGAAGGGGAAAGUGAAGUGUGUGGUUGUGGGGAUGGGGCAUGCGGGGAUUGAGGGCAAUGAGGCGGAGAGGGUUUUGAGGGAGGGUGGAGUGGGGUUUGUGAGGAUGGGGGAGGAGAUGGGGAGGAGGUGCGAAGAGGUUGCUGGCAGUAGCUGAGGCAAAGGAAAUAUCAUACUGGCUGGGUAGGAGUAGACGUGAGAGAUGCUCGAUUGAAGCUAUUAUGUGGAUAUGGUCUUGAUUGAAUUUGGACCAGAAGGGAUCUCUAUGCUAGUGGGGAGUCGGCUAUGAAGUGCGACAACUUUCG